CUUCUGAAAACCUCCCGAACCCCUCUCACAACUUCUUCUCAUCUCUCGCCUUCUCCAUCCAACUUCUCUCAUGCCCUCUCCGUCCAACUUCUCUUCGGCAAACCCCUCUCCGGCAAACCCCUCUCUAAGAACCUCCCCUCCGAACUCCUCUCCGUCAAGACCAUGGGAAAAUUUUCCUCACCUUAUUCCUUCACCUCUUCGUCAAAUAGCAAAUGCCCUAAUCGUCCCAUUUCCAUUCUUAAACCCAGACAAUGUCGUCGUGUUGACCCAGGCGUUGUUCUUCCUUUACCCCGUCAGGUCAACUUUGGCACUAUCGUGAAUGCUUGGCACGGAAGCAUCGCACGGACCCGAUAUCGACCCUUCACGAACUCCAUUACCGAGCAAGCCAGGCAAAGGCCACUACAAAUAGCAUCGCCUCGUUCCUCCUCCUCCUUCAUCGGAUUUCGCUUAUCCUCUCUCUCAUCUCUCUCUUCUGCUGCUUUGUUGAGAGAAAAUCUAUGGGGUACUGGAGGGAAGCCACCGGCAUCAAAGGACCUAGCGGAUUUGGAUCCUGCAACACCGCCGAGCAGGUCACAGAGGGCAUCGACGCCUCUCACCUCACCAUCAUCAUCACGGGUGGAAGCAGUGGGAUCGGAGCAGAGACGGCAAGGGUGUUGGCCCUUAGUGGAGCCCAUGUCAUCAUCGGUGCAAGGAACUUGGAAGCUACUAAUGCCGUGAAGCAGAACAUCCUGACCAGCAUUCCAUCUGCUACAAUUGACAUCAUCCAGAUUGAGCUCAGGCUGCUCAGCUCACUCAAAUCUGUCCGAGCCUUCGCCGAGAAAUUCCUCGCCAUGAAUCUCCCUCUCAACAUCUUGAUAAACAACGUUGGUGUGAUGUACUGCCCAUUCAAGCUCUCAAAGGAUGGAGUAGAGAUGCAGUUUGCGAUGAAUCAUCUCGGUCACUUCCUGCUGACAAAUCUUCUACUUGAGAAACUGAAAACCACUGCGAAAAAGACAGGAAUUGAGAGCCGCAUCGUGAAUCUAUCCUCAGUCGCUCACGUUGGGCCUUACAGUGAAGGAAUCAAGUUCGACAAACUCAAUGACAAGAAAGCAUAUAACGAUAUGAUGGCUUAUGGGCAAUCCAAGUUGGCUAAUAUCUUGCACUCCAAUGAGCUCGCACAACGCUUGAAGAUACAUAGUGGUAGGUGUUUUGUCUCAGUCUCAAGCCGACAAUCCUUUUUGAUCAAUAUAUCUAGUAGAAGUAAGCAUGCAGAUCGUUGUCUUCGAGGUCAGCUAGUUAUUUUGUGCUUUUUUUGUUUUAAAUUCGAAUGUCACUAUCUACUUUGAAACAGAACUAUUUAGUCUUUGUGUAUAGUUGAAUUCUCCUGUAAAUACUAAUACUUUGUAAUUGAAUUAUAUUGUUUUGGUAUGAGUUUAAAAUCAUUAGCCGAGCUAAUUAAUGUUAUUUUA